AUGCAGUACGUUCAGCUUACAAUCGAGCUCAUCACCAAGGCCUUCGAGACAUUUUCUUCUAAGAAGGGAGUGGAGUUUACCAAGAAAGAUGCAAAUAAGAUCUUUAAGGCGCUUGAUGGGGAUAAGGAAGUGGAGAGAUACUACUUUUGUGGAGCAAAGUGCGUCAAGUCCAAGCGUAAAUGCAUGAAGGAAGUUGACGAUGAAGGCAUGCAUUGUUAUGUCCACGAUCCUGCGCGCAAGUGUCAAGGCACAACCAUUAAGGGCGCUAAUUGUGGUAGUGUAGCCAAAAUUGGUCAAACAUACUGUGGGCGUCAUCAAGAUCAAGAUAGAGGUCAUAUAAAACGUGGUAACAAGAAUGCACCUGUCGUUACGCGUCCCAAGUCUUCCAAGGCUUUAAAGAAGACACAUACUUCUAAGUUUGUAUCAUCUGAUGACGAUAUGACUUCCGAGGAUGAAGAGCCGUCCGACGAUGAUGAUGAAGAAGAUAAAAUUGCCGUCUCCUUUCCGUUGAGUCCAAAGAACUUUACUGUAAAUGGCAAGUACAUUAUUAAGCUGAAGGAAAAGGACCUCUACAUUGUAUUGUGUCCACCUGAGCUCAUGGGGAAAAAUCUUCCUGUACCGGAAAUAUCUGACAAAGAGGUACGUAUAUUGCAAAAGAUGGGACUCCAAGAGGCAACUCCUGCAGAUGUAGAAAAAAUAGAAGAGUCUUCUGCUGAUGAGAAUUCUGAGGAUGAUACAGAUGAUGGUGAUACGUCUGAUGAUGCUGGCUCUGACGAUGAUUCCCCUGAUGAUAAAGACUCUGAUGAUGGCAAGUCCAAUAACAGACCUGAUGUAGAAUCUGGAGAUGAUACCUCUAAGGAUAACCCUGAUGAAAAACUAUCUCAUAAAAAGUCAUCUAAGGAUGAUGAGAAGAAGACUUCUCGAAAGAAAAGGCAUUCAGAGAUGCCCAAAAAUGCAGAGCCAUCUUCUAAUUUUACGAUGAAUGGCAAGUACAUUGUCAGGCUAUCUGGAAAGAAUACAUACGUUGGCCUGUUUACGCUUGAUGCUCUGCGCGGUGUCGGUGAUGUUCCAGAGUUGGAUAUCUUGGAACGCUCCAUGCUUAGCAAGAUGAAACUUCAACCAUUGUCUGAUGAAGAGAGAAAGACGCUUUUCAACGAGGAGAUCGAAGUAGAAGAAGAAGUACCAGUAGAAGGACCAACAGAUAAAUCCAAGGUGAUAUGGAAAAAACUUAACAAGUACUUGGAAUAUUCCGAGAAUGUACUUGUAAAUGGAAUGCACAUUCUCAAGAUGCGCAAAAAAGACACUGUAAUCGGCUUGAUGACUGAUGACCAUAUUGCUGCAGAGAAUGUAGAGUGUCAUUCUCUUAGCCAGAAGGAAAAAGAGAAGUUGUUUGCUAUGGGAUUUAAACCGCAUGAGCAUAAGCAAAGCUUGCCACAGAAAGAUGAGAGCACAUGUGAGGAUGAUAAAGAUGCUGAGGGCGAUAAAGAUGCUGAGGAUGACAAAGAUGCGGUGGGUGAUAAAGAUGCUGAAGAUGACAAAGAUGCUGAGGGUGAUAACGAUGCUGAGGAUGACAAAGAUGCUGAGGGUGAUAACGAUGCUGAAGAUGAUAAAGAUGCUGAGGAUGAUAAAGAUGCUGAGGAUUUCUUGUAUGUGACCAUCUAA